AUGGGUUUCGGCCAUCACUCCGAUUCCGCACCGACGACAUGGGGUUCGCCGCUUGUCGCUCCCGCUCUCAUAUGGGAAUCCAGAGAAUCCGCCUUCCGGGUUGACAGUCUGCUCGCAAACGCAGAUCUUGACAAUCUUCUCGCCCAGCUUCUGCUCUGUCGCCUUCUAGGUUGUGCAUCGUCGAAUCUCGUCGAUUUGGGUCAAAUUCCAACACCCAGAAGGAAGUAUUUGGCCAUAACAAGAAUUCGCCUCAUCUCGAAUCGGGGCAAGCGCAUUUCCGACCCGUCCUCCGCCACUAUAAUGGACAAUAAUCUAUUCCUGACUCUCUUCGACUCGUUCGUGACAGAGGGAGAAUAUUGUUCCGAGAGGAGAAACAAUUGUUGGUUGCUGAGAAAUCGUUCCCUGAGCAUAUCAACAAUGGUGCAUGUGAGCAGAUUAGUGGGAGAGAAAGAUCAAUAUUGA